AUGUUGGUUGUAUCAGCCGUCUACAGUAUUUUGUAUGGUAUAGUCGAGUUUGUUACUCAACAUGUAAGUUUUUUACUGUAUAUUUGGGGACUAUUGGACAGUAGAGAUAGAAUAGACUAUAUUGUAGUAAGUUAACCUAAGGCGAGGUUACGUUAAGAUAUAUUAUGAUUAAAGCUAAAGUCUAAGAGCAAAAACAUAAAAAAAUUGAUGACAAAACUUAAUGUAACCUCUACUCCCUUUUUAGCAACUGUACAUGACAAACGGUAUAUUGUUAUGCAUACCAAAGGGCCUUGAAUGGUACGUCAGUCAUGAUUUAUUUGCGUUGUUUCUGUUUCCUCAUGUUUCACUCAGCUGUAUAGGCUUAUACAUACUGCCAUGCACAUAUCAGUACGAGUAUACUUUGUUAUCAACGUAAGUUUAAAAGUUUUUUUUUAAAUUGUUUUUGAAAUUUUUGAUUGUACGGUAAAAUACGGUAUAAUAAACAAAACUUCAAAAAAAUUUUUUUUUGGUUUUAACAGUACUGUAGAUUACGGUAAUUUAUGUCAAAGCUACAAACUUUCAGACCUCGAGCAGUCUCCCUUCGCUCAUUAUUAAAAAAUGUUGCUGUAGCUUGUGCCGCAGCUUUCGUAGCUGGAUUCUUAUCAAUAUGGGCAGCAUGGUCAGCUAAAAGACGACCCAUUGAACAUUACAAGUUUAUGUUAUCUGACCAGUGGCUAACAGAAGGAAAUGAGACUUACGUUCUGCCUAUAGAUGUGGUAAGCAAAAAUUAGAUUAGCCUUACCUUUUGUACUCUAUCUUUAUCUUAUCUCUACUCCAGCUUUACACUAGCUAUGAACUUGCCUUGUCAUAGAUUUUACCUAAGCUUACUGUAGUUCUAUCAUAUUAUACUUAAGCACUAAGCUAACCUUACUGUAGUAGUGUCUUAAAACUGAGUUGAGCUUACUGUAGCUCUAUCCGUGUUUCUAGCCUAAGUUUCCUACAGUUUUACCCUAGCUUUAACCUAGGCAUUCUGUAGCUUCACAUUUGUCUUGACAUGAGCUUAUUGUAGCUGUACCUUAGUUUUAACACAGGUUUAAUGUAGCCGUACUCUAGCACUGGUCAAAGCUUACUGUAACGCUUCCUUAGCUUUAAUCUAGGUUUGCUUUACUUUACAUUUAAUCUAGGCUUACUUAAAAAUGGUUCACCCUGCCUAACUCUAGCGUUUUUCUGCUUUUUCAUAGUCCUAACCUACCGUGUUGCUAUAAAAGUCUACUGCACCUUUUUAAAAUUAAAAUUUCAGAAUGACAUAGCGACAAAACUGUACUUUUCAUGUGUUGCUUUUGUAUCUACAAUAUUCUUCUUGGCUUCGUUGUAUUACGUAUGGAAAAUACUGACAUUUUUGAAGAAUAAUACCCAAAAGAGCAGUAAAACCAAGAAGCUAGAGCAUCAGUUCACUAGAGUUGUGGUUUUACAGGUAAGAGUGGGUUUUGUUACCUAAAUUUUAAAAAAUAUUGUGAAUUCUUGCCACCCUACCUUACUAUUAUAUAUUAAUACCUAAACUUCUCAUUUCAGGGAGCCAACACCUUCUUCUUCGCCUUCCUCCCCUUAAGCAUUGUGAGCCUAGGCACGCUGUUCCAUGUGUCACUAGAAGCAAUGGGUAUGAUGGUAAUGACACCCUUAUCAUGGCUACCCGUAGCCAACGGCCUCUUUUCUCUAUUAGCGGUCCGAAAGUAUCGAGACUACUUCUUCAAAAUGUGCCUGCCCAAGAUUAAAAAGAACAAAGUAACUUCGAUUGACUCGAUGAUACCUGAGUCACAACAAGAUGAACAUGAAGACUUUGAUGACGACGAUGACACUAGUAAUGCGACUGGGACUAUUAGUCGGCAGACAAGUGUGGUUGAUGGUAUUAGUAGACAGACAAGUGUGGUGGAUAGUAUUAGUAGGCGGAAUAGUCUGGUUGAUGGUACUGUGAGUAGAAGAAAUAGUACUACUAAUAAGUAUGAUAACAGUACGUACGAACAGAUUACUGAAGUUGAUAUGGAGGAAGAGAAAACAGAGCAGCAUGAAGAGAAGAAUGAAGUGAAAGAUGAAGAUAAUGUAGAAAAGAAUGACAAAAAUAAUGAUAAAGAAGAAGAAACAAAAGAAAAAGAAGAAGAAUAUGCAGAAAACAAAGAUAAUAAAGAAAAUGAAGAAUCAAAUAAAGAAGAAUUAGAAGAAACAACUGAAGAAAAAGAAGACUAUAAAGAAAAUGAAGGUAAUACAGAUAACAAAGAAGAAACUAAAAAACAAUUGGAAGAUAUAGAAGAAGAAAAAGAAGAUGAAGAUAAAGAUGAAAACAAUAAAAAAGAAAAAAAUAAUGAGAAAAAUGUGGCUGUUGUAGAAAACUUAAACAAAGAAACAUAUCAAACAGAUGUUGAAGAAGCUAUUGGAGAAGAAAAGAAAGACCAAAAAGUCAAUGAAGCAGAUAAUAUAUAA